UCUGGGGAAGGGAUGGAAAAUGUUGGUGACAGUCAUCUGACUAAUCUCUACGCACGUAGUUGCGCAAUAGCGGGUGGUGGGGAGACUGGGACUUUAUAAAGGAAUGUACUUCUCCAAUCUGUUGAUAACUACCUUGUAUUGUAACAGCAGUGAGUCGGACGUAGCAGUAUGUAAGUGUCUGCAAGUAUCUCAGACAGAGGACUGUGUGACAUCCCCUCCCUCAGCACCUCCCAUCUCCCAGAGGUCUGAAGAGAGAGACAACAGUGAGAUGACUUCCGAAGUGGAGCACAAUGAAGAUUGCAAGGAGGCCAGUGAAGACAUCGCAAUGUGUCGGAGCAGUGACUCAUCCAAAGCUCCUCUGUCCAGUGUCACUUCCACUCUAGAAAGUUCAGGCACCACACCUGAUGAGUCAGAGGUGUCUAUGACAAAUUUGGACCCGCAGCAGGUGGAAACAAAUGUCGCCGAUACAGCUGCCAACGCAGCACUAGACACAGGCUCCAAGUGUUUAAGCAUUGACACUUUGCCAGAUGAAAUUUUGCUAAAGAUAUUUUCCCACCUGUCUUUCAGUGAACUCGUAGAUAUACAGAAAGUGAGCUCCCGUUGGAAAAGGCUGUCACAAGAUGCAGAGUUAUGGACUGAUAAGGAGUAUGAGAUCAGGAGCUGGAGUGAUUGUGACUCGGACACCUGCAAGGGUGGCAGGACUGACCGAGAGGCAAUACAGACUUUCUGUGAUGUGCCAAACUUGCGUAAAGUUUGCAUGCGGCGUGGUGCCAAAUCUGGUGUCUUCCGUGCACUCUACAACAAAUGCCAGAGACUCUCCGAGCUGCGCCUGCAUUACACACAGAAGCUCAGCUACUCCGUGCUGAAGAACUUGGUUGAAAAGUGUUCCAGGAUACACACUCUGAGGAUAUCCAAUGAACUGCUGAAGUCUGAGAAAUUCUCAGAGGCAGUGUCUCAUUUACAGCACCUACGUGUGCUGGAUCUGGAAGAGUACUUUUCGGAAAACACUCCCAUGCUGCGACCUUUGGGUGACGGGUGCCCACGACUAGCUGAGGUUGACUUUGGGUGGAUGACUAUUGAUAUGGAAGAUCUGAGGUACUUCCUGAAUGCCAAGAGGAACACCCUUAAAUCUGUACGCAUGAAGUGGGCAAUGGUUGGAAAAAGGUGUGUCCUACCGUUGCUGACAGUCUGCGCCGACAGCUUGGAACGUCUGCAACUUUACGAGUUCGACAUCGUCCGUGAUGAGGCGAGGGAGGCAUUUACUGCCCUGGGAAGUCUAAAAAAUUUGCAGGAACUUAAGAUUUCACUCAUCGAUCCACCACCACCCGGCUCAGCUGCUCUGGCAUUUAAGGCUGGUGGCCUCCCGAAACUGAGACUGCUUGAUCUACGAGAAAGUUUCGGUGUGGACAGUGACACGAUAAUUGCUGCCAGCCGUGGGUGCCCUGCAUUGCGAGAACUGAGUGUCAGAGGUGCCGAGCUGCUGUCUGAUGCUGCUUUCUCUCAGAUCUACCGUCUGCAACACCUUGAAAUACUGGACUUAUCGUGUUGCAAAGGCCUUGGUGGGGACGUGAUACCUUGCCUCGCCAGGCUACCGCAUCUUCACACAUUGUCCAUGGAAGAAAUGGAGUUUCCAAAGCUGCAGCCAGGUCUGAGCAGCAUUCUCGAAUUGUCUGGUUUGCGCUGCCUUACACUCAACUAUUCCCUUGUUACUGGAGUCCCAUUUGAUAAGUUUCCUGGCAAGCUUGUCAAUCUAAGAGAGUUAAAUAUCCAGUGGUGUCGAGGUGACCCUAAAGCCACGGAAGGGCUGACAGAGCAGAUGCCCGACCUCGAAAUCCACGGCAACAUUGAAGAGGAAGAACGGGCUGACGACACGGAAGGUCACGAAAGUGAUGCGGAAGUUGCAGAGGAAGGAAAUGAAGAGAACGCGGGUCCUGGAGAUGCAGAUGAUGUGCAGGAUGGCGGUUCAGAAAAUGAUGACAGUGACAGUGAUAGUAACAGUUGCAGCGAUAGUGAGAGCGACGGUGAAAACCUUAUUUGGGGUGAAAGAGGUAUAUCUGAUCUCUUUCUGGAAAACAUAAAUGAGUGAGAACAUGUUUAUAGGAACCUGUCUCUUGCUACUAAUUGUCUGAGGAACAGUGAAGUGUAUCAAAAUGAUAACCCUGAAUGUUAUCGGCCUAUUUAUUGUAGUUGACUACAAAAUGCUGUUAAACUGAAAGUAGUUGUUUAUUUUUUAAAAUUGUUGUUAAAUCUGAUUUUGCUGUGAUUUAAUGUUUUAAAAAAGUAAAGCUGUCCUCAACCUGAG